AUGGUUAUCUACGCGAUGCAGAACGGUGAAAUCAGAACUGGAGGAUGGAACAAGGAGAACCAACACCACCAGACAUUCAAGGCUGCUAAGGCCAGAGCGAUGCUCAAACACAGCAAGAUCCUAUUCAAGAAUGACGGUAGCGUGAUAACAUCAGAGCUGGAUGACAAACCAGUCUACCAUUUCGACAUGUCCCAGGACAGUGCCAUCAAGCGCAUGAACAACGGUGACUAUCUCUUCCUCCGGAUGCAGAACAUCAAUAACCACAACGCCGACGAGAAGUACGUCAAAUUCCUGAUCAUGCGGAACAACGCGGAGGUACAGCUCAAUAAGAAGGGCAUUACUGAGGAGCAGAAGGAGAUGUGGAACAACCGCAAGGCCUACGACGAAAAGAUGAUGCAAGAGGCCAAGGAUGUCGCCAAGCUCCCAAAUUCCAAGAUUGAAAACUGGAUGACAAAAUCAUACAAGAAGCCAGAGAAUCCAACCCAGGAUGAUCUGAAACUCGUCGACAUGUGGGACAAGAGGAAAGACAUGCCGGCUCGUUACAACCUGGACCUCUGGAUCGCGCAAACACACGUUUUGAAGACGAAAAACCAGCUGACCCCCCGCCUGAGGCAGAUGAAGGAGGAGAAGGAGAAUGAUACCAACACCACGAACACCAACCCACAAGGCAUGGUGACGGGAGCGUCGCAGUUCAACGGCGGCAUGGACUCGGACUCGGAGCUUUCGGAGGAAGACGACAUCUCGGGCGCGCUGAACUCGGCGGCCCGCAACCUCUACAUGUAG